CAUUUUCACUGACAAUGCGGCCUCUGCUUCUGACUUCCUUUAUUCUUCUUAGACUUUUUGGUCACUUGCCUAUUUGUCAUUCUUUCCAUGACCAACAACUGGUGGUCCAAACCACCCUUCUUCUUCAGAACCAGAACCAGAGCAAUGAAAAUUGUGGGGAAACCAAAAUCCCAUUUCCAUUCCACUUGAACUCGCCUUGUGGGUCGGUUCCUAAUGCUUUCAACCUCUCUUGUGAGAAUUCCACAGCUCUUUUCCUCAAAGUUGGUACUGAAAGCUACCGAGUGCUUGAAUUCUUCUCGGAUGGUAUACUGGUGGACUUUUCUGGCCCAUCUUCUUCCUGUCGUCAAUACAACGAUUUGAAUUCCUUUGACUUCACGGAAAGUGACUAUUUUGGUGUGUCAGUUGACAAUGUCAUCGGGUUGUAUGACUGUGAAGAUUCUUCUCUGUGUAAAGCAGAAUGUGAGACGAUCGAUUUGCCUGGUUGUGAUGGCAAAGAUAGUAGCUCCCCUGCUUGCUGCUAUCCCUUGUCGGAUCAUAGUGUUUGGCGCAUUGGAGACAAAUUUUCAGUUUUUUCAAAGUUUGGCUGCAGGGGUUUUUCCAGUUGGGUUGUUUUGCCAACCGCAAAUUCUGGAAGGCGAGGGGUUAAACUGGAAUGGGCAAUUCCCAGAAACUCAUCCAAGGCAGUUUGUGCUGGCAAUGCAGAUAUUGCAACUGCUACAGCAGUUGAAGAUGGGGUGAGGUGCUCGUGUCCAGAUGGGUUUGUUGGCAAUGGGUUUGUUGGCAAUGGAUUUGCAAAUGGGACUGGAUGCAUAAAAUCAUGCAUCAAGGACGGAAGGGAAGCAUACGGCAGUGACUGCUAUAGCAAACGGCACAGUGACAAGAAACUUGUGAUUCUGGCAGGCGUUCUUGCUUCAAUUUUCAUCAUUGCCUCCCUAAUAGCACUCUUUUGGCUGUUAAAAAGACCAGUCAAGCCUGGCACAUAUGACCCUCACAGGGACCAUUUUCAUAGCUCCAUAUCUUUCAGGAAAGCUUGUAGGACUCGAUUGUUCACUUACCAUGAGCUCGAAGUAGCCACAAAAGAAUUUGAAGAGGGUCAGAAACUAGCUGAUGGAAAGAAUGGCACAAUCUUUGCAGGGGUUCUUGGAGAUGGAUCACACAUUGCUGUGCACAAGAUAAAAUGCGAAACCGAAAGAGACUUGAUUCAGGUCCUAUCCCAAAUUGAGAUUUUAUCUGCUGUGUUUCACAGGAAUAUAGCCCACCUUCUUGGAUGCUGUAUUGAUUUGGCCUACAUGCCACUAGUAAUCUAUGAGUACCCUGCAAAUGGUACCCUGGAGGAACAUUUGCAUCAAAGAAGAGAACCAAAAACAGGUCUAGACUGGUUCAGGAGGUUGAAUAUUGCUGCUGAAACAGCAAGUGUUCUUGCAUUCUUGCACUACGAGAUGUGUCCCCCUAUAUUCCACAAUGAUCUUAAAUCCGGUUACAUCUUUUUAGAUGAACACUUUUCAGCUAAAAUUGCAGGAUUUGGGCUAUUGAGCUCAAAACAAGAGUAUUCAAAAAACACCCUUGAAGGUUCACGUUUUCAGAAAAAUGAUGUUUGUGAUUUUGGCGUGUUGCUUCUUGAGAUAAUUGCCGGUUCAAAGAGUUUGGACUUACCAACAUUAGUCUUACAAAAGAUAAGAAAUGGGAAGCUAGAAGAGAUAGUAGAUCCACUUCUUUACUAUCAUGAACAACCUUCUUUUCGCCGCGAGCAGAUAGAGAUAGUUGCAGACCUUGCCACAAGAUGUUUGUUGUUUGGUGGAGAUGGCAAAAUUGGCAUGGUUGAUGUUGCCAGAGAACUAGGACACAUCACCAAGGGGAGCAUUGAUGGGGGUAGUAAGAGAGGGCCUGUCCUGGAGGAAACAUUUUCGAACUCCAGCCUCCUUCAGAUGAUAUCAAUGUCUCCAGACUCUAUACACGUGCCUUGAAAUGUUUCUAAAAAGCAGAUAAUUUCCAGCGCAAAAUCCAAAAUUCUAUUUCCAUCUCUUGCCCCAAAAAGUAUUGAAAACACUUCAAAUAUUUGGGUUCUGUGAGGAUUUAGAUGUCGUUGCUUUUUUUUCUUUUUCUUUUUUUAUAUAGUAUGUAUAUCAUCAUCAG